AAAAUCAUCUUCUCUCAUUUCUUUCUUUUCCAGAGGAAAUUGCCCGACAAUUAACCUUUAGCAAUGCGAAAUUUAUUGUAGGCACUUCUGUGGGUUACUCCGUCCUAGUAGAAGCCUGUAAAUUGGCCAAAAAACAACUACCCAUUGCCUGUGUACGUAUGAAUCCCGGUGAUGCAUUACCAGAAGGAGCCAUCGAUUUCUAUGAACUUUUCAAAUAUAGUGGAGAUGUAGAUUUUUCACAAUUAAAACAAUACGACAUAAAUCCCGACAGUAUGGUGUUCUUACCAUUUUCUUCGGGUACUACCGGUUUACCCAAGGGUGUUAUGCUAUCACACAGGAAUAUCUCAUCAAAUUGUGAAAUGGUUCAGUGUGCUUUGGAAGUGGAUUGUACUAAAAAGCAAGAAGUUUUACCCUGUGUCCUGCCAUUCUUUCAUAUUUAUGGUCUGACAGUGAUAAUGAUAUCGAAACUGGGACAGGGUGCUAAACUGGUGACCUUGCCGCAAUUUAAGCCGGAAGAUUUGAUGAAAGCUUUGUAUGAGUAUAAGAGUACGAUGUUGAAUCUGGUGCCACCAAUAGCUCUUUUCAUGAUUAAUCAUCCAAAGGUUACACAGGAAACUUGCCCCGAACUACGAGUGGUUUUGAGCGGAGCUGCUCCCAUUGGUGUAACAGAUGUAGAACGUUUUAUAAAGAAGUAAGUACUAGGAAAUGAGCUAGAACUGAACUAGA